AUGGCUCCCCGAAGAAUCAAGUGCUCCUUCAAAGAAUGCAAGGAUGCAGCGCAAAGGAUAGUGGGCGAUUGUGCCUUCUGCGAAGGCCACUACUGCGGCAAGCACCGUCUAUUAGAGGACCACAAGUGCGAGGGUCUUGAGAACGUAAGUGUCCCCGGCCGCCAAUGGUGGCUCGUCGGCCUCUUUGGCCUUCUUGACAGUGAGGAGUACAUGGCUGACUUUCUUGACGACAAACAGUGCAAGAAGGAAGCUCACGAGCAGAACGCGGCACAGCUCGAGGCAGAGCGCACUCACGUCAUCAGGGGCGUCUAA